ACCCAGCCAGCCGCAGCCGCAGCCGCUACCGCAGCCGCACUAGUGCCCCCUCGGCUUUCUUUGCCGCCCCAGCGCGUCCGAGUAGUGGUGGCUUACAUCCGAGGCUCCCAAACUCUCUCUCUCUCUUUUCGCCCUUCUUCUUAGCCAUUUUGUAACCCCCCCGCUUUGUCUUUUUCAACAUGUCGUCUUGGCAAAACUACGUGGAAAACCUGAUGGCCGACGGCAGCUGUCAGGACAGCGCCAUUGUUGGGUAUUUGGACGCCAAAUACGUUUGGGCAGCACAUGACGGUGGCACUUUCAACAAUAUCACGUCCCAAGAAAUUGAUGUGCUGGUAGGCAAAGACAGAGAGACCUUUUACACUUCUGGUCUCACCCUGGGCUCAAAGAAGUGUUCAUUGCUCAGAGACAGUCUGCAAGAUGAGGGUGACUGGACAAUGGACAUGAGAACAAAGAGCCAAGGAGGAGAACCUACAUACAACAUCUCUGUGGGACGAGCCGGACAAGUUUUGGUUCUUGUAAUGGGAAAGGAAGGGGUCCAUGGAGGCGGAUUGAAUAAGAAGGCUUACUCGAUGGCAAAAUACUUGAGGGAUUCAGGCUUUUAAUGUUUCCCAGGAUCAUUUAGGUAAAAAUUUGAGGGACAUAAAGAAGAGAAAAUAAAUAUUGCUGUUAAGAUUUCUCCUGCAAGCUGUCAAAUGUCAUGGAAACCUAUAUAGCAUUGAAGAGUGGUAAGAUCCUGACAUCUGGACCUCCCCCUCCAUUAUGU